ACUGCGAUCGCCCAAGCACACACAGCUCGGACGGACAUACCUGCAUCCGCACGCCGACACCGCGGAUCGCCCAGAUCGAGGCUACCAGAGACGCUAGACCAGGGUUCUGAAGCGUCCAUCAACGCCAGGCCAAACCGCCGAUACGACAUACUAUCAACCACCCCGAUUUCGCCGCUAUGAAUCUCGUCAAGACCUGCGACUUUGCAACCAAACAUGAGGACCUGAUCCACCAUAUGGCCUAUGACUACUACGGCCGCCGUCUUGCGACAUGCUCUUCGGAUCUGAGGAUCAAGAUUUGGGAGUUCCUGGAGCACGAGAACAAGUGGAUCAACCCUGAGAACGGCGGCUGGAAGGCUCAUGACGGCUCCGUCCUGCGAGUCACUUGGGCGCACCCUGAGUUUGGACAGAUCCUGGCUUCAUGCUCCUUCGACAAAUCCAUCAAGAUCUGGGAGGAACAAGAUUUCGAUGGAAAGGGUACCUUGAAGCGGUGGUUUGAACGAGCCAAGCUCCAGGAUAGUCGAGGCGCUGUGCUGGACAUUGAGUUCGCCCCUCAGCAUUUGGGUCUGAAGCUGGCUGCUUGUUCGUCCGACGGUUUCCUCCGAAUCUACGAAGCCAUGGACCCUGUCGGCCUAAACAACUGGACCAUGCAGGAGGACAUUGAUAUCGUGUCUGGGAGCAGCCGAGAUAGUGCCGCACUCUACUGCCUGUCUUGGUGCACCUCGCCCUUCCAGCCACCCAUGAUCGCCGUCGGUUGCGGUCGAGAGGCCCGGAUCUAUCGACAGGACCAGAGCAAGUGGGGAUCCCAUGAGAUCCUCGGUGGACACGAGGGCGUCAUCUGCGACAUUGCUUGGGCGCCAAACAUCGGAAGAUCCUAUCACCUCAUUGCGACGGCGUCCAAGGACGGCAAGGUCCGAAUAUUCAAGCUUCGGGAGGAACGCUCGGGCAAACAUGGGGACUCGUUCAAGCUCGCAAAUCAGUUCACCGUCGAUUCAGUCGAGACGCUGGACCAUGGCGGCGAGCAAGUUUGGAAAGUCGAGUGGAACGUGACCGGCACGGUACUUUCGAGCAGCGGCGACGAUGGAAAGGUGCGCCUCUGGACCUCAACCUACGCCGAGAAGUGGAUAUGCAUGGGCACGGUCUCUGCAGAGCUGUAGUCCCCCACGCCUGUGCGGAGACGCUUCGAAUACACAUCUACUGACGAACAA